AUGCCCAAUCAAACAUCAGUCACUGAAUUUCUUCUCCUCGGAGUGACAGACAUCCAAGAACUGCAGCCUUUGCUCUUCGUGCUUUUCCUCCCAAUUUACCUGGUCAUCAUGGCUGGGAACGGAGCCAUCCUGAUGGUUGUCAUCUCUGAGCCAAGACUCCAUCCUCCUAUGUAUUUCUUCCUGGGAAACCUGUCCUGUCUAGAUAUCUGCUACUCCACAGUGACACUGCCAAAGAUGCUGGGGAACUUCCUCUCCUCACACAAAGAAAUUUCUUUCUGGGGAUGCAUAAGCCAGCUUCACUUCUUCCACUUCCUCGGCAGCACAGAGGCCCUGUUGUUGGCCGUGAUGGCUUUUGACCGCUUCGUGGCUAUCUGCAAACCACUUCGUUACACUCUUAUCAUGAAUCCUCGGGUCUGUGCUCAAAUGGCUGUCACUGUCUGGAUCACUGGUUUUCUCUAUGCCCUUCUGCAGUCCGUAAUGACCUCUCGCUUAUACUUCUGUGGUUCCAACUACAUCCAUCACUUCUUCUGUGAUAUUAAGCCUUUGCUCAAGCUGGCCUGUGGGAACAUUGAGCUUAACCAGUGGCUGCUCAGCAUUGUCACGGGGACUAUUGCCAUGGGCCCAUUCUUUCUAACACUUCUCUCCUAUGGCUACAUUAUCACCCAUCUUUCCUUCAAGACCCAUUCUUGCAGCAUGCUUCAUAAAGCACUGUCCACUUGUGCCUCCCACUUCAUGGUAGUUGUUCUUUUCUUUGCUCCCGUUGUUUUCACGUAUAUUCGUCCUACCUCAGGUAGCUCCAUGGACCAGGACAGGAUCAUUGCCAUUAUGUACAGUGUGGUCACUCCUGUACUAAAUCCACUCAUCUAUACUUUGAGGAACAAGCAAGUAAAAGGAGCCUUAAGGAGGGUGAUCAGAAGGAGGCUCUGACUUGAAGGAGUCUAGAGAAGUCUUCUGAGGCAUAAAAAAAGGCAAUGAGAAAGUUGAAAUGUGAAAUUACACUGCUUCUCAAAUAAUUUACCAUAUAUAUAACAGAGGGCACUGGAUAAAAAAUAAAUGUGUAGGUCUAUUCAAGUUGUAUUAAACAAUGCAUUCUUAGGUGAUAGAAAGGGAAGUUGAACAAAUGAAACACCAGCCAUGGAACUCUAAUUCUGAAUUUGUGAGAUAUCAGGUGAAUAAACUGAUUUGCUAUAUAUUCUAAUGUGUUCACCUCUGUAUUUACAUA